AACCCCCACCAAAAGAGAGAGAGAAAGAAGAGUUUAAAAAGAAAAGAUUUGAACUAGUCUAGAAGUUGGACUAGUAAAACGUCAAGGAGGAAUUUUUUUAAAGAGGAGAUUCCAACGGCAUAUCUCACAAGUCUUGAUAAGGGAUCUGCACAAUGGCAAAAAAUUCUGCCAAUGGGGAGCAUCAAGCAACAAAAAAGCCACCUCCAACUCCAUCACCAUUGCGGUUCUCAAAGUUCUUUCAGCCAAAUAUGAGAAUUUUGGUUACUGGAGGGGCUGGAUUUAUUGGAUCCCACCUAGUGGACAAGUUGAUGGAAAAUGAAAAGAAUGAGGUAAUUGUUGCUGAUAAUUACUUCACUGGCUCAAAGGAUAAUCUCAAAAAGUGGAUUGGACAUCCCAGAUUUGAGCUCAUUCGUCAUGAUGUUACAGAGCCAUUAUUGGUUGAGGUUGAUCAAAUAUAUCAUCUUGCUUGCCCUGCAUCUCCAAUUUUUUAUAAAUACAAUCCUGUGAAGACAAUAAAGACUAAUGUUAUAGGCACUCUUAACAUGCUAGGACUUGCCAAGCGGGUUGGAGCAAGGAUUUUGCUUACAUCAACUUCAGAGGUAUAUGGUGAUCCUCUUGUGCAUCCCCAACCUGAGAGCUACUGGGGCAAUGUCAACCCUAUUGGCGUGCGGAGUUGCUACGAUGAAGGAAAGCGGGUGGCUGAGACUUUGAUGUUUGAUUAUCAUCGGCAGCAUGGGAUAGAAAUACGCAUUGCCAGAAUAUUUAACACAUAUGGGCCUCGCAUGAAUAUUGAUGAUGGGCGUGUGGUCAGCAAUUUCAUAGCUCAGGCACUUCGCGAUGAACCAUUAACUGUGCAACUUCCUGGAACACAGACGCGCAGUUUCUGCUAUGUGUCUGAUAUGGUUGAUGGCCUUAUCCGACUCAUGGAAGGGAAGCAUACAGGGCCAAUCAACAUUGGAAAUCCAGGUGAAUUUACCAUGAUUGAACUUGCAGAGACGGUGAAAGAGCUUAUCAACCCCAACAUUGAAAUAAAGAUGGUGGAAAAUACACCCGAUGAUCCACGUCAGAGAAAACCAGACAUCACAACGGCAAAAGAACUGCUGGGAUGGGAGCCAAAAGUCAAGUUGCGUGAUGGCCUUCCCCUGAUGGAGGAAGAUUUUAGGCUGAGGCUUGGAGUUUCCAAGAAGGAAUGAACUAAGUGAGUAUUUUUCCAGAGUUGACGUGGUUGUGCCUAAAAAAUUUUGUUAUUGGUCCCAACACAAGCAUGUGCUUCUUACGUUGGUCACCUGGUUUGUUGAAAUGCUAUUACAUAUAAUGUUACUGUUACUACCUAUAGAUGAGGUUUGCGUAUAAUGAUUGGAUAAAUUGGGAGAACCGUCCCUUUGAGUUUGCUGCA